UCUGCGGAGAGGGCCUGCCACGAACAGCUCACUGUAGCAGAAAUAACCAACGCUUGCUUUGAGCCGGCUAACCAGAUGGUCAAGUGUAAUCCAAUGCAAGGUCAGAGCCUGGUACUCCUGUAUCCUAUUGGGGUUGGCAUUUGGUGGGUGGCGCAUUUAUUGUAUAUUUACAUAAACAAGGAUACUUACACGAUUCCGUUAUUUGAAGUUCCGGAAAUUAAAAAAAAAAAAUUCUCUAAAUUCAUUAAUUGCUGUACAUUAAUUAUAAGUUGUAUAAAAGGAUAUUUGUUCAUGACAGAUCCUUACUGUGCUGAACAUGGGUUGUCUGUGCACUAGCUCCAAUGAAUUAUGGCUUUAUUGUAGGUCUUAAUGUACCUGGUAAAGGUCUUACCCUUCCACUGCACUACUUAAAGCUAAUGUACCGGUACACAGAGGCCCUAAGCUGCAUAUCUCAUGACAUAAAACAGGUAAAUACAUGGCCUGCUGUCUGUUGUACAGAGGUGACGUCGUCCCCAAAGAUGUCAACGUUGCCAUAGCCACCAUCAAAACAAAAAGAACCAUUCAGUUCGUGGACUGGUGCCCCACGGGCUUCAAGGUAGAGUACAUGUUUGUGGUUUGUUUGUUGUUUUUUAGGGGUGGGGCAGAUCUUCCUGGUUGAUUUUGGAGAUGUUUAAAGAUCAAGAUGGCAGGGAUGGGGAAUGGAUGAAAAGCUUGAACUUGGACCAUAAAAUACUGGUACAGUUAUAUUAUAAUCAUUUAUAUGUUUAUUUUAUUAUCCACACGACUACCGUACGUUACCCAUUAUUCCUAGUAAAUAUUUUAGAGCUAAAAUUAGAAGUAUGAAUAAUUAAGUAUUAAGUGUAAGAAACAAUAAUGCCGUGUGGUAGGUAAUCAAUGUACAAUUUAUGUUUAUUCAUAAGAUAUAAGUUUUUAUUUGUGAGCACCGUACUGAUAUUUAAGUUCACCGUUAUGAAUAUAAAAAUCUUUAUGGCGCCAUACUCAGGUGGGCAUCAACUACCAGCCCCCAACUGUUGUGCCUGGCGGUGACCUGGCCAAGGUGCAGCGAGCCGUCUGCAUGUUGAGCAACACGACAGCUGUCGCCGAGGCCUGGGCGAGGCUUGAUCACAAGUUUGAUCUCAUGUACGCAAAGAGGGCAUUUGUGCACUGGUAAGAAUUGACCGUCGCGUUGAAAAGUUUGAGGAGCGCUGCAAGCAUGCUUUUAAGUGUAUGUGGAGACGUUAUAGCUAUACCGGGUAUCGAGGUAUGGCCAAGCUAGUGUAAAAAACAACAAUGUGUUCCUAUAGCACGUUCCGCCGAAAAUACGCCCCUUUUCCACCCCCCCCCCCGCCCUUUAAGUAUUACGGUUUAUCAGGUUUUCAUUGUGCAGUGCUAUUAUGACAUUUUUAUGAGAAGUGUAUGAUUAAUAACAUUUUCAAGGAAUAAUCAUUUUAAUCACCACNACGACAGCUGUCGCCGAGGCCUGGGCGAGGCUUGAUCACAAGUUUGAUCUCAUGUACGCAAAGAGGGCAUUUGUGCACUGGUAAGAAUUGACCGUCGCGUUGAAAAGUUUGAGGAGCGCUGCAAGCAUGCUUUUAAGUGUAUGUGGAGACGUUAUAGCUAUACCGGGUAUCGAGGUAUGGCCAAGCUAGUGUAAAAAACAGCAAUGUGUUCCUAUAGCACGUUCCGCCGAAAAUACGCCCCUUUUCCCCCCCCCCCCCCGCCCUUUAAGUAUUACGGUUUAUCAGGUUUUCAUUGUGCAGUGCUAUUAUGACAUUUUUAUGAGAAGUGUAUGAUUAAUAACAUUUUCAAGGAAUAAUCAUUUUAAUCACCACAUUGUUAAAAAAAAAAAUAAUUACAUUUAGAAACAAAGCCGCCUUGUGUUUGUAACGCCCUAACGAGUUUGUCACGUGUCCUAUUAUCAGGUACGUAGGGGAGGGCAUGGAGGAAGGAGAGUUUGCUGAAGCUCGUGAAGAUCUGGCGGCCUUGGAAAAGGACUAC